AUGCUACUUGCAUGUCAUACAACAGAAGAACAACCUCAACUUAAGUGGUAUCUGGAUACAGAUUGCAGCAAUCAUAUGUGUGGAAGAAAAGAUUUGUUUGAAAGACUGGAUGAGUCUGUAAGAUCUACAGUAAAAUUUGGAAACAACUCAACAAUUCCAGUUAUGGAAAAAGGAAGAAUAGGGAUUAUUCUUAAGAAUGGUUCUAAAGCAUACAUCAUGGAUUUAUAUUACGUUCCAGGUUUACCUUUCAGAGAGGUACCAGAAUCAAGAUGUGAAAAUUGUAUCUUUGGCAAGAAGCACAGAGAUCCAUUCUCAGUCAACAAAGCUAGAAAAGCUGAUCAACAUUUGGAGAUUGUUCAUAGUGAUCUGUGUGGUCCUAUUGAAAGUGAUGCAUUUCAAGCUUUUAGAAGUUUCAAAGCUUAUGCUGAGAGACAAAUUGGUAAGAGUAUCAAGAUCUUGAGAACUGAUAGAGUUGACACAGCUGUGUAUUUACUCAACAGAUGUCCUACAAAUUGUUUGAACAACAUAACACCAGAAGAAGCUUGGAGAGGUGUAAGACCAAGUGUAAGACAUCUGAAAAUUUUUGGGUGUAUUGCAUAUGCACAUGUACCCAAAGAACUAAGAAAGGAAUUGGAUGACAAGAGUGAGAAGUGUAUCCUUGUUGGUUAUAGUUCAGUAACCAAAGGAUAUAGAUUAUACAACCCAGAAGCAGGAAAAUUGUUUACAAGUAGAGAUGUGAUCUUUAAUGAAGAUUCAAAAUGGAACUGGAAUAAUGGAUCAACAACUAAUGUUGAUCCAUAUAAUAAUGGAUCAACAAGGGAUGUUGAUUCACGUAAUAUUGGAUCAACAAGGAAUGUUGAUCCACCUGCUGCUGUCAGAACAAUUCCAGUUGAAGUUUAA